CUAAUAAGAUUUAAGUGGACCUGGUAAAGAAGUUUGAUUUGGUGAGGUAGGAUUGAGUGAUAUUAGAAGCACAUGGGUGUUCCAGGUAGCACAAAUGCAUCUUUUGGUGGCAACAAAGUUUGGAACCUGAGUGUUUCGGGUAAGAUAAAAUUUUUUUAUCUGGAGUGCCUAUCGUAAUGUGUUUCCUACCAUGGAUAAUCUGCAGAGGAAGCAUGUACUAGUGGAUUUGGAAUGCCCUGUGUGUGGCUCUGAUAUGGAAUCUGUGGCACACUGUGUUUUGUUUUGCCCUGUCGCUUGGGCGGUGUGGCGUGGAAGCCCCCUGAGUCUUCGAGUUUCUGAGCUCCCCUCUAGCUCUUUUGCAGAUUUCUUUGAUGCUAUGUGUACUGAACUGGGGAAGGCGCAGUUGGAGCUUCUGUGUACUUUAAGCUGGAGGAUUUGGGGCUCUCGAAAUGAUGCUCAUUGGAAUGGUAGAAGGGCACACCCUCAACAGAUUAUUGAAGGAGGCAUGAAUUACUUGAUGGAUUAUCAGAGAGCACAGAAAUCAAUGGAGCGGGGAUCUAGAGCUGUCCAAAUGCAUAGUGAAACGAAGUGGAAGCCUCCUGAUGAACGGACAGUUAAGAUCAAUGUUGAUGGCGCAAUAGCAGAACAACAUAGGGUGUUUGGUGUGGGUGCAAUGGCUCGAGAUCAUUGUGGAGAAGUUCUGGCAACCAUGGCCUAUCAAGGGCGGGUAGUUGCAGCUGCAAAAAUCGUAGAAGCAUACCUGGGCAAUAUUUUAUUAGAUUGUAAGCUGUUGAUGUCCUCCUUCCUGCACUGCCAAGUCAAACACGUUCGACAGACUGGUAAUGCUGUGGCUCAUGAGUUAGCUAAGAGAGAACUACAGGGUGAGGGAGAUGAGUUUCUUAGAGAUGAGAUACCAGAUUACCUUGCGCCUUUUGCAACUAGGGACAAGCUGUCAAUGUGAUUCUGUAAUAUUCCCUGGUAUUAUAUUUUUCAAUAAAACAGGCGCCUAUUC